AUGGCGCACUACGACCCCUUGCACCCAGCUCAGUCUCCAUACGCGCACUCAGCUGCAGGCUCAUCUUACCACUUGGAGUCGCAGCCUCUGCACGCACCUCCCUCGCCCCAGCCAUCCGGCUCGUACUAUAACCUUCGGGACGAUGGCCCAUUGCCUGAACCUCGUGCCCUCGGUGGAUAUGGCGACCCAGAGCCGCGUAAUAGUAUCGUCUCCUACGGUACUGGCUCCCCCUACCGCGAUUCGGCGUAUAUGCCUGGUACCCCCAGCGGGAGCACAACAUUCCUAGGUGGCUCUGCUCCAUCGGGAUACCGCGACGACCCUUAUGCCAGCACUGCCGGCUUCAAGGAAGGAGACGUUCCCAUGUCGCCUAUGGGCCAGUCUCGUGGACUUGACAAAAGUGAAUACGCGACACCGGCCAAGAAAAAAGGAAAUUCCUUGUUUCGAUGUGGAGUCAUCAUCCUGAUCAUUCUCCUUAUUGCUCUUGGGGUUCUUAUACCAGUCUACUUCAAAUUUAUCAAGCCCAACAUGCUCUCUAGCGAGAGCGGGUCGAGUAAUGGAAGUGGAAGUAGUAAUGGCGGCAGUGGUGGAGGCAGUGGCGGUGGAAGCAGUGGAGGAGGCGGAGGCGGAAAGAGUCAGGAUCCUAUCACCGGCGGUGACGGUAGCACAGUCAAGCUGACGGAAGGCGGAACGAUGGUCUAUACAAACAAAUUUGGGGGAUACUGGGUCGAAAAUCCUGAUGAUCCAUUCGACAACAGCGCGCGCCCGAACAGCUGGACAAAACCUCUCAACCAAACCUGGGACUACAGCACUGAUAAAAUCUAUGGUGUCAACCUUGGCGGCUGGCUCAACACUGAGCCUUUCAUCUCCCCUGCACUCUACGAGCGAUGCAACACUGGAGGUCAGAUUGUUGCUGUCGACGAGUGGACUUUGAGUGAAUGCAUGGCAAAGGAUACGGCAAAUGGCGGUCUCGAGGGCCUGAUGGAGGAACACUACAAGACUUUCAUUACUGAAGAAGAUUUUGCCCAAAUCGCCGCCGCCGGCUUGAAUUGGGUCCGGAUUCCCAUCCCCUACUGGGCGAUCGAAGUUUGGCCCGGCGAACCCUUCCUGCCCAAGGUCUGCUGGAAAUACUUCCUCAAGGCCAUCCGAUGGGCACGCAAGUAUGGUCUUCGCAUCAACUUGGAUCUGCACGCUGUCCCUGGUAGUCAGAACGCUUGGAAUCACUCGGGUCGUCUUGCCCAUGGAAUCAACUUUUUGAAUGGUCCAAUGGGUCUUGCCAACGCGCAACGAACUUUGGACUACAUUCGCAUUUUGACUCAGUUCAUUUCUCAACCGCAAUACAAGGACGUUGUUCCUUUCUUUGGUGUCGUGAACGAAGCGCUUGUUCCCACCAUCGGCCAAGAUCAAAUCGGUUCCUUUUACAUGGAGGUCUACAACAUUAUCCGCAAUAUCUCCGGCGUGGGUGAAGGGAAGGGCCCAAUGAUCUCCGUUCACGACGGAUUCGUUGGAUUGAACCAGUGGGACGGUUUCUUUGAGGGUGCUGACCGUGUCGCUCUCGAUACUCACACGUACCUUGCGUUUGGCGGUGUCGGAAAUGAUCCUUUGGAUCAGCAAGUCUUGAAGCCUUGCCAAGCCUGGGCGAGCAAUGUGAACAACUCAAUGAAGAACUUUGGGUUCAUUGCUGCGGGCGAAUGGAGUAACGCGAUGAACGACUGUGGGUUAAACGUCAAUGGCGUUAACCUUGGAACUCGCUACGAAGGUACCUACAUUGGUUUCCAGGGGCAAGGACUGGGUGCUGGUAGCUGCGACCGAUGGACCGACUACCAAAAGUGGGAUGCCCAGACACGUGCUGCAGUUAAGGAGUUCAACAUGGCGUCCAUGGAUGCUCUUCAGAAUUGGUUCUUCUGGACUUGGAACAUUGGCAACUCGAGUCUCACCAAUAAAAUUGAGGCACCGUUCUGGUCCUACAAGCUCGGUCUUGCGGAAGGUUGGAUCACCCAGGAUCCUCGCGAAGCUAUCGGAGUUUGCGCGUCUCAAGGACUCCCCAGCAACCCGUUCAACGCACCACUGAAAGCAUGGCAAACCGGAGGUGCCGGCGCAGGUGAUAUUGUAGCUGCUCAGAUCGCCAAGUACGGUACCUGGCCUCCGGCAACACUCAACAACGCGAAUCCACCCUACGCAACGUACACCCAAACAGCGUCCGUCACAACCAUGCCUGCUCCUACAUACACUUCCGUUCAUGGGAAGACUACCAAGACGUUUGAUGCCGGAAGUGGUUGGUACAAGACCGAUGAUACCGCCCCAGCUUAUACGGCCGUCGCUGGAUGCACGUACGCGCCCGCAUGGGACGCCAUCGCAAGCCCAAGUCCUAUGACGUGCCCUAACCAAAGACGGUGGCCAAUUCCCCGGCCCACUCCACCUCCAAAGGCAUAA